AUGGAUUUCACCAAGUCUUCCCUCACCCACAAAGAUUCUCGAGUCGAGUACUCGCGACUUUCAGAAGGCGAUGAAGCGUCAUUGUCCUCGGAUAUCCAGCCAACUAGCCGCUGGCAGCGCAAAGGUGGCGGCAGGUUGCCAUGGAUUAUAGCUAUCUGCUCUGCAAUUCUCAACGCACUUCUUAUUGGCGGUAUCAUCAUUGCUCGACAAGACAGCCCGAGACACCAUGGUUUGGGAACAUUCGAGACGGGGUUCAAGACGGACUUUGCGGACGCCGGUAAGCACAUUGAGAUUGUCAAAACUGUGUUCAACGGGUCCCCAGAGUUCAAAGACGACGGGACCAUGUAUAUACCCAAUCCGGAUCCGGUCCGCUAUGUCGGAGACCCCAAAGAGUUCCCUGAGAUAGACGAGAACUGGGAGAACUUGGUCUAUGGGAGAUACUUCCGCAUAACGGAGAAAGAAGCAUACGAUGCAUUUGGAGACGACUACCGGGAGUACUGGGACGACCAGUUCGGCGCGUAUCUGACGGGCAUCGACAUGUUUCACACGCUCCAUUGCAUUAAUCACCUCCGUCGGGCGUAUUACCCUCACAUCUACAAGGAAGGAUACAAAUCACCCGAAAAGGCCCUUAUGCACCGCGACCACUGCCUCGAGCAGCUCCGGCAGUACGUCAUGUGCCACGGCGACCUGACCCCCAUCCCGACAAAGUACUUCAAGGCCCUGGACCGCAACUACGUUCUCUCGGAUGUGCCCCAUGUCUGCCGGAACUUUGACAAGCUCCAGGCCUGGAUGAUGGACCGCUAUCACGGACCGACUGCGGUGCCACGGUACAACCGGACAACCUAG